GUUUUUUUUUAAUAAUUUUUUUAAUUACGUUUAUUUAGUAUAAUCUGGUUCAUAAUUAUUGAUUUUUAAUCAGUUGUGUUAAAUAAGUAUUUCAAUCAAGUUAAAAGAUAAUCAUUUAUAAAAAUGAAAGAAGCCCAAAAGCAACCAUUUCGAAUGCUUUCUAUCAUUCGCACAGUAAUUCUAAGUCUUGUAACUUCAUGUAUGUUCGCUACUUUUCUAAUAUUUUUUUCUUUUUACCGUAAACUAGUGGAUAUUUAUUUAAAAGUAAGAAUAGGACCAAUUUAUGGAGGCCUUAUGUCCACCGAAGAUUCGAUGUUUUUUAUACCAACUGUUUCAAAAAUAUUUGUGGGCAAUGUUGUUUAUGUUAAAUCCAAUAAACCAGUAGAUGUUCUCACUUUACUUAAAAAAGUUAUUAAGGAAAAGGUUUUUGAUAAUCCUGAUAACUAUCCUAAGCUCACUAGUACAGCGCAUCAAUUUGGUGGUUACGUCUAUACUAAGAAAUACCAGUGCAAUGAAAAUGAUGCUGUUAAGACUAUAGAGAUCAGCGAUAGGCAAGAAUUUACGGAUGAUUUUGUUAAAAAGUACACGUCUAAACUAAUUAGUACUAAAUUCGGAAAAAAUGACACAAUGCUUUGGGAAGUGCAUAUAGGAACCCGACCCCUUGUCAGCGACAGACGCGAUACAAAGACUUAUACAUAUGUAAUGAUUGCACGUUUUCAUCACGCAAUAAGUGAUGGAACAUCAUUACUCUCUUGGCUUAUACAACUGUGUGGAGACAAGUCAGCUCAAAGCUAUUGCUCAGAUAUAUUUAAAAAGUUAAAAAAGCCUGAGAAGAAGUUAAAUGGCUACACUGAAUGGAUUAAAUAUAAAUUAGAAAAUUUCAAAAAAUUUACUAUCAUGUACCUGGAAAUCGUAUUUUUAUCCUUUGGAAGACUUACCGAAGCAAAUCAAUUAAAACAAAAAGAUACUCAUGCCUUACAAGCAGAAAAAUAUAAAGAAGAUAAAAUAUGCGUGUGGGCAAUAGAAGAUAAAAUAGAAUGUGUACCAUUAGUAAAAAAGAUAAAAAACAGAGAGAAUACUACAUUUAAUUGUGUAGUUUUUACUGCGAUUGCUGCCAGUUUGUCAGCAUAUUUUAGAAGAAAUGGCUUUCCAAUUCCCAACUCAAUUUCUGGUGUAAUAAUGUAUCUACCAGACUGGCCAGACGAAGAUUUAUCAAAACCUAUUGCUCUUAGAAAUAAAUCAGGUUCAUUCAUAUUUGAACUGCCAAUGAUGACUGGUUCAACAACUCUAUUGCAAGGAAUGAAAAAUAUCUGGAAAGAGUCGAAGAAGCAAUUACGUGCAACAGAUGCUGCGCUAAGCACAUUUAUUAUGCAUAACAUAGCUCAUAUGCCUUUACCAGUGGCAAGACUAUUUUAUGGUCACAAAUCUCAGAAUCUUCUCAUAACUAAUGUACCAGGUGGUUCAAAAAUAACCGCACUAGGAGAAUACGUUUUUGAACAUGCAGUUCCUGUAGCACCUAAUUUUCAAGGAGUUGGCGUUUCUUUUGCAAUUUUAACAUACGACGAAAAGUUUCAUAUAACCUUAACAAUAGAUCAGGAAUUAUCAAAGUCACAAGAGGAAAUACAAAAAAUUGUAGAUGAUGUACCUUUAUCUAUCAAAUUAUUAGAAAGUGAGACAAAAAGUUUAGAUGAACCUCAAAAGCAACCAUAUCGAAUGCUUUCCAUCUUCCGCACAGUAAUUCUAAGUGUUUCAUCCUCAUUUAUGUUCGGUACUUUGCUUAUAUUUUUUUCUUUCUACCGUAAGCUAGUGGAUAUUUAUUUAAAAAGAAGAAUAGGAGCAAGUUAUGGAGGCCUUAUGUCCAUCGAAGAUACGAUGUUUUUCGUACCAAGUGUUUCAAAAAUAUUUCUGGGCAAUGUUGUUUACGUUAAAUCUAAUAAACCAAUUGAUGCUUUAGGCUUAGUUAAGAAUAUCAUCAAAGAAAAAGUUUUCGAUAAUCCAGAUAACUAUCCUAAGCUCACUAGUACAGCACAUCAAUUUGGUGGGUACGUCUAUACUAAGAAGUACCAGUGUAAUGAAAAUGAUGCUGUUAAAACCAUCGAAGUCAGCGAUAGGGAAGAAUUUACAGAAAAUUUUGUUAAAAAGUACACUUCUAAACUAAUUAGUACUGAAUUCGGAAAAAACGACACAAUGCUUUGGGAAGUGCAUGUAGGAACCCGACCUCUUGUCAGCGACAAAUUCGAUAAAAACACUUAUAUGUACGUAAUUAUUGCACGUUUUCAUCACGCAAUUGGCGAUGCAACAUCAUUACUCAAUUGGCUUGUGCAAAUGUGUGGAGACAAGUCAGCUCAAAGCUAUUGCUCAGAUAUAUUUAAGAAGUUAAAAAAGCCUGAGAAAAAACCAAAUGGCUGCAUCGACUGGAUUAAAUAUAAAAUAGAAAAUUUCAAAAAACAUACUCUCAUGUGCCUAGAAAUAUUAUUUUUAUCUUUUGGAAGACUUACCGAAGAAAAUCAGUUAAAAGAAAAAGGUAUUCAUGCCUUACAAGCAGAUAAUUAUAUAGAAGAUAAAAUAUGCGUCUGGGCAAUAGAAGAUAAAGUAGAAUGUAUACCAUUAGUAAAAAAGAUAAAAAAUAGAGAGAAUAUUACAUUUACUUGUGUUGUUACUACUGCGGUUGCCGCCAGUUUGUCAGCAUAUUUUAGAAGAAAUAGUUUUCCAACUCCUAACUCAAUUUCUGGUGUACUAACGUAUCUACCAAACUGGCCAGACGAAGAUACAUCAAAACCUAUUCCUCUUAGAAAUAGAUCAGGUACAUUCCUAUUUGAUGUGCCAAUGCUCAGUAGUUCCACAACUCUAUUGCAGGGAAGGCAAAAUGUCUGGAGAGAAUCGAUAAGGCAAUUACAUGCAACAGAUGCUAUGCUAAGCACCUUAAUUAUGCAUCACAUAGCUCGUAUACCUUUACCAGUGGCGAGAUUAUUAUAUGGUCACUUUUCCCAAAAUCUCCUUAUCACUAAUAUACCAGGUGGUUCCAAAAUAACCGCUUUAGGAGAGUACGUUUUUGAACAUGUAAUUCCUGUAGCACCCAAUUUCCAAGGAGUUGGCGUUACUUUUGCAAUUUUAACAUACGAUGGAAAGUUUCAUAUAUCCCUAACAGUAGAUCAGGAAUUGGAAAAGUCAGAAACGGAAAUUCAAAAAAUUGCAGAUGAUGUACUUUUGUAUAUUAAAUUAAUGGAAAGUGAGAUAGAAAAUUUGUAAUGAAUAAGAAAUACAACUUUAUGAUUUAUUUUAA